CGCUUCAUGACGCCUUCGAUCUAGGGUUGGGUCGAGAUAACUCACCGGCGAUUUCGCGAGAUGGGAAGAGACCGCGACGAUUCUCCGCCGGAGAAAGCGAAAGGCGACGUCGAGGAUAAAGACUACAGAAGAAAAUUAUCCCGGAGCCGUAUCGAAAAAAAGUCCGUCGAAGAAGAAGAAGAUGUGAGUCGCCGUGAGUCGAGGAGGAAAUCAAAAGACGGCAGAGACUCCGAUUCUGGUUCGGGAUUGGAAAGCGGUAGCGACUCCGAAUCGGAGAAGGAAGAGAGACGUAGAAGUAGAAAGUCGAGAGGGAAAAAGAAAUCAGAUCGGAGAUCUCGUAGUAGACGAAGCAGGAGACGCCACGAUGAUUCCAGUAGUAGCUCGGAAUCAGAAUCUGAGUCGGAGUAUUCGUCUGAUUAUUCUGAUUCUGAGAGUGAGAGUGAGAGUGAGGAUGAGCGGAGGAGAAGGAAGAGAAGGGAGAGGGAGGAGAGAGAUAGGAAGAGAAGGAGGAGAGAGAAAGAGAAGAAGAAGAGAAGGAAGGAGAAAGGAGUUGAUGGAGAUAGCAAGAAGAAGAAGAAGAAGCGGAAGAAAGAGAAGAAGUCUGAGAAGGCCAAGAAAGGAGCUGUCACUGAAUCUUGGGGGAAGUAUGGAGUCAUCAGAGAGACUGAUAUGUGGAAUAAACGACCAGAGUUCACAGCAUGGCUGCUUGAAGUAAAAGAGGUCAACUUGGAAAGCUUGCCACCAUGGGAAGAGAAGAAAAUGUUUAAAGAUUUCAUGGAGGAUCACAAUACUGGUACAUUUACCUCCAAGAAAUACUAUGACAUUGAUGGUUACUAUAGACGUAAGUUGGAGAAAGAGAUGAAGAAGGGUUUGAAGAAAGCUGGGAAGAGUGAACGGACUGUGUUCAAUGACGAGGAGCAACGCCGGCUAGAGAUGCAGGAAGCACGGGAGAAGCAGAAGGAAGAAGAAGUUUUAGCUCUAAAGCGAUCAAUGGAAGGCGGAAUGGCGCAAGCUAUGAAGGAACAAGCUCGGCUAAAGGAAGAAAUGGUCUAUUUAUACAAGAUUGGGGACAUGGAGGGUGCAGCUGCUAUUCAGAGAAGGUUGGAUCCAGAUGUUCCUAUGUAAUGUGGAGGUUUUGGUUUAAGCUACUACAAGAUCUAGUUCUUGUUCCUAAACUGUGUUCUAAGUAUCGAACUUUUGUAACACUACGAUAAGGAAAAACAAAACAAUAUUUUCAUCUAGUGGAGCCAUAAAGCAUGAUAUUGCUUUUUACUUUUUGAAAUUAUUAUGAGAAUAUUACGUUCUAGGGCA